UGCCUCUUUUUUUUUUUUUUUUUUCCCUUCCCUUUCUUCUCUCUCUCUCUCUCUCUCUCUCUCUUUUUAAAAAAAACCCUCCUCGGUCAAAUUUGCUAUUAUUGAUGCAAAAAAGAGAUCCAGGGACGCCCCGAUUCGCUUGGAGCGAAGUCGUCCGAAACCAACACUCCCUUCACACACACACCUCUCCCCUGCAGGACGAGAGCGCUCUUUUCCGAACGGAAGAUCGAUUUGGGAUUUUUUUCCCCCUUCUUCUUCUUCUUUUCUUUCUAUCCUCUGUACUUCUUUUUUUUUUCUUCUUCUUUUGCUAGUUUAACCAAAUUGGCGGAGUGAAGGAAGGGCGAAAGAGGGAUGGCUCGACCUCUUCCUUUGAACCCAUCUUUCCUACCCCCAACUUACGGGGUGCUGAAAUCCCUGCUGGAAAACCCGCUCAAGCUGCCGCUGCAUCACGAAGAUGCAUUUUAUAAAGAAAAAGACAAAGACAAAAAACUGGAUGACGACAGUACCAGUGCCACUGUCCCACAGUCUGCUUUUCUGGGGCCUACAUUAUGGGACAAGACACUUCCCUAUGAUGGUGACACUUUCCAGUUGGAAUACAUGGACCUGGAAGAAUUUCUCUCAGAGAAUGGCAUCCCACCCAGUCCAGUCCAGCACGACCACAGCCCUCAUCAGCCAGCUCUUCAGCAACCUACCUCAGCCUCACCACCUGUCAUGGACCUCAGCCACAGAGCAUCUACAUCGGUCCACCCGACCAUGGUUUCCCAAAACUGCAUGCAAAAUACACCCAGGCCAGGUCAGAUCUUGCCUACAAACCGAAGCACGCCAAGUCCUAUUGAUCCCGACAGCAUUCAGGUUCAAGUUGGGUAUGAACCAGACCCUGCCGAUCUUGCUCUUUCUAGCAUUCCUGGUCAGGAAAUAUUUGACCCUCGCAAGCGCAAGUUCUCUGAGGAGGAGCUCAAGCCCCAGCCGAUGAUUAAGAAAGCUCGCAAAGUCUUCAUUCCCGAAGAUCUGAAGCAGGAUGACAAAUACUGGGCAAGACGUAGAAAGAACAACAUGGCUGCCAAACGAUCCAGGGAUGCCCGGAGGCUGAAGGAAAACCAGAUUGCUAUCCGUGCCUCGUUCCUUGAGAAGGAGAAUACGGCCCUGCGCCAGGAGGUUGCUGACCUACGGAAAGAAUUGGGCAAAUGCAAGAACGUCCUUGUCAAGUAUGAAGCUCGGCAUGGUCCUCUCUAAAUGGUCUCCUACCCAACCCCCCAGUCCCAUCCACCACCAUCCCCCUGUUUCUUUUCUUCCCAUCUACCUUUUUUUUUUUAAUUUUGUGGUUUUGGCAUUUAAAUAGAUGGGACAGUGUUUUUCCUGUUUGAUAGCACCUCACCCAAACCAACUUUUCAGUCAUGGGCACUUUAACAGAAAGCAGAAACAGAACCAGUGUACAGCCUGUGUGUAUGUGUGCGCGUGUGUGCUUGUGCACACCCGUGCAGGCAUACUUGUGAAUAAGUGUGCAUGUCUGUCUUGGCUCUUGUGUUUUUAUGAAACCCUCUUUGUAGGGUUGGGUUGGCUGAGACUGGCCAUACUAAACUUUUUAUGGAAUACAUGCAUCUAGAUAUGUAUGUAUAUAUUUUCCAGUGCUGCUUAAACUGUAUUUUUGUCUUACUCUAUCCCAUUCUUUUGAUUUAACUUGGGGGCGGGGGGGGGGGAGAAAAGAAAGAAAAUGAAAGAAAAGCACCCUGGUAAUGGGAAUGAACAAGAGAAAGAAGAAAAAGCUGUUUUGGUUUGUUAUUUCAAUAAGGCACAUCAGGCAGUGUAAACUUACUGAUAAUAAAUGCACAAUUGAUAUUCAUGCUAUACUGCAGAGAUACUAAUUUAUAGAUUCGCCUUUUUAUUUUGUUUCAGUUUUCAUUUGCUGUAUGUUUUUACAUUUUGGUAAAUAAAGUAGAUCUUCAGAUUUAUUAUGUAUUUUAUAUCCUCCUUGUAGAGAAAUAAGUAACAGCUAACUUUCCUUUCGUUGCUUUAAAAUUAUAAAUAGACCGCAUCCCCUGGGCAUAAUCCGUAAUUCUCUUGUACAGAUUAAAAUAUUUCUUGUGGGCAUUGGAUGACUUUGGAACCCUAAUACUGUAACUUUUUAGUGCUCUUUUUCCUAAAACAUUAAAGAUUUCUUGAUAGUUCGACUAAAAAUGAUCCCUUACCAGACAAGCAAAAACAUAUUCAUCAGAUAUCUGCACACUAUCCAUUUAUGCUGUAUGGAUAAGGCCAAAAGCAUAUUCCUGCCUUAAGGUGAAUUAAAUUUUUGCUUGUACCAGCCCUCCUCCCCUUUUUUUGUGAUGUGCAGGGCACAACACUAAAUUAUACAGGUGUGCAAAACACUUCAAGGUUGACAGACUACUUUUGGAGUUUCAGCAGACUGCAUUUUUAAAAUUUCCACUGAUGUUCAAUUUCUGAAAUUCUUGUCCCAAAGGUGCUUUUUUCUUUUUUUUUUCUUUUUUUUUUCGUUUUAAAAACAAACUUUAUUAGAUUUUUUUAAAAAAACAUAAAAUUGUAUAAAACAUUCACAACCUUAAAAUACAAUCAACAAUAUCAACAAACAACAAAUAAGGAAUAUAUAUUGUAUAUAAGUACACAUAUAUACAAGAACUUAUUUUCCCCCCUUUUUUUUCCCUUAAUGACGGUGUAUAAUUAUUACUUUAAAUUUCUUACUAAGUUGGUGCUUUUUCCAAAGGCAACUGCACUUUCUUUGUUUUCCCUUGAAGACCUUUUCACUUCUCAUCCAAGAAGCUUCUUUAGUUCUUCCAAACUGAACAAAACUGAAGAAGCUUCUUGGAUGAGAAGCAAAAUGUCUUCAAGGAAAAAAACAACAGGAAACCAGUUGCCUUUGGAAAAAGCACCUUUUGGUCAACCAUGACCUGGAUGACUGAGACUCUCCAUUAGACAUUCUGAAAUUCUUCUUUCUUAUGAAAGGCUUUGAAUUCAGCUUUUUAGUCUGCAGUGUGCAAUAUAAUUUCUAUAGAUUUCCCACCUGCAAGGUUUUUCUUCUUUCCCCCACCAAAUGGCUUUGAUUCAUUUAGAACUCACUUUUGCAGGGGUUGUUCGUUUGUGUUCUUUUGCCUUGACAUGCUGCUGUGAUUGUAUGAUCAGCUGAUUGUUUUCAAAGAUUCUCCUGUUAUUUUUUUUUAGCUAUGAUUUGUUUCUAAACUUAUAUAUAUUAUAUAAAAGUAUUUUUGGAGGGUGGGAAGGAAAUGAAUGUAAGAGAUGCAGAUAUAUAUUGAAAAGCGGUGGUGUUGUCAUACUGUGGUUAAUUCAGUUCUUUUAAAUGUUUCCUGAAGACCAAAAGAAAUUGAUUAUUAUAAAAUGUAUAAAAUUUAUACGGAAUCUUUAGAGUGUGCUUUUUUUUCUGUACAGUAUUUUUCAAGGACAAAUGUUGAUUCGGUAUUUUGGGAAAAAGAAUUAUAUAUAUAUCAUGUUUAAGCAAAGAGGGGGUUUAAAAAAACUAGAUUAUUUCACUUUAAAGAUGACAAUAUAUCUCUAUAUUCAUAAAUAUUGAAAACUGAAGAAAUGCUUUUAGGGCUUUUUUAAAAAUGAUGAUAUUGUACGCUUGCCACUGGCACAUUAACAUAGUUUUGUGUUUUCAGUUAGAGAAUGAUCCAUGUCACUGGGCUCAGUUGCUUGCUUCUGAAAGGAUCUCAUUGGGUGCAAUAGAAGGCUCUACCUCCCUCUUUUUCUUAGUGUACCCCACUUUAGCAACUGCCCAUGUAUGAGAAGAGGCUUGUGCACAUUCCCCUUUCCCCAUAAAGGUCUGUACAGUUCCUGCCAGCCUUGUGUAAACCUUCCAUGCAAAAGUGUCUGGGGCCUUAUAGAGAUGGACGGGACUCUAAAAUGUUUUCUGCGUGUCUGCUGCAGUCUUUCAAAUUUGUUCUGUGCAAAUAGAACUCAACGAUCCUUUUUAAAAAAUGCAGUUAAUUGGUUGGACAAUUAACUGGGCUUCAGGGGUGCAAAUACAUUGGGGAUUGGGCAGCAUGAAUAAUAAUGCUCAUAGAGCUUACAUUAUAUCAAUCCUCUUUGCAUCCCAUGAUGAGGUUUUGCAGGGGUGUCAAACUCGUGGCCUGCGGGCCAGAUGCGUCACACACUGGCCACGCCCACCUGUUUUAGCCAAGGGAGAAAAGUCACGAUACGUCACAUGACGACAAUGUGAUGACGCAAGUUUGACACCCCUUGGAUUUGUAUCCAUGGUGAGAGUUUGAAGAGGGGAAAAAAAAAAAGUACCUACGGUUCUUGCAGAUUGAAGCAAGUUUCUUUGAAAAGACAUCAGCUGGGAAGGCUGGAGUGUCUGCCCAAACCUUUCCCAAUAGGCAACUGAACAGAAGGCCUAUUUUUCAACUCAAUACAGUGGAGAGCAGGUAAGCACUCUGCGUCAGGUACCUCCCAAAUACUGGACUUCUAGUUGCAUUGGACUGUAGCACCCAAAAUUCCCAGCCAGCCACAACUCUCUUAGGUGAACAGCAGUGUAGCUCUGUGUACUUCUCCAGGUUUAGAAAGGGUGUUUGAUUUUGGGGGACCAUUUAGAAGCAGUAAGAAUCAUUUCACAUGUUAGAGAAGAGGCCAGACUGAAUUCCUCUUGUGCCAAUUUUGGCGCCCAGAAUUUUCUGUAAGGCAGUUGUUUCUGCUUGUGGAGCCACAUAGCUUUUCAUUGUUUACUCUUACCCAUGUUGGAUAAUACUGGCCAACAAGUUCAACAACAUCUAGACAGCACAGAUUCCCCACCCUGUCUUCAUGCUUACUGCUUUCUCAUGUCAACCCUGAGCUACAAGUAUUCUCCUUUAUUAUUACUACUUUCCUUCUGGCAUCUUCUAGAGGUCCGUUGUUUCAAUUUUCUUGUCCAGGCUCAUUCUCUCACUGGUUGAAUGCAAGAAUGAGCAAAGCCAUGACAUGACGUACCUGAGGCAUACUUGGCUUUCAUUUAUACUUGAAGAGGUGCUUUUUUUGAAUUGGUGAAUUACAGGAAAAGAUGUAGGGGUAUUUUUUUUAGUGCAUUAAAAACACUGCACAUCAUAAAAUUACAGUGCCACAUGUCUUUCUAGAUCACUUUUUUUUCCCCACCAAAACAAGUGCAUUUCUGUUACAUAAGAUCACAUUAUAUUAAAAGUGAUUUAAACAAAAGUUUUGGACAAUUACAAAGAAAUGUUGCCAUUUUUAGAGGACUUUCCGGAAAGAUUGAAAAUAUAUCUCAGUAUCCUAAAUGCUUUAAUAGAGUAUUGUUGUUUUUUUGGACCAUUAUUUCAGCUGAGUAAUCAUCUUUAGGGGAUAAACGAUACUUUACUGGCCAGUAAAUAUUUCUUUCUAAAUGUUUAUCUGUGUGUGAAAGUAAAAAUAAAUAUUAAGAUGAUAAUAAUUUUCACUGGGUGUAAAACAAACCUAGUUUAAGAAGUUGUGAACAGAAGCUCUGUUCAUUUCCCCCAAAUCCCAAAUAUUGUAAUGGUCUGACUCAUAAUUUUGUCUUGUCUGGAGGUGCCAGUAUGGAAAAUCAAAUUAACAAAGAUACUUUGCAGGCUAGAAAGUUUUAUCUCAACGAUGGAUAUAGAGCCUUUAAAGAAAUACAAUUUCACUAAUCUGGAAAUUUUUUUGAGAUGUAAAGAUCUCCUGGAUACAGAGCAGUUAAUAUUGGAAACACCAGUCACUUCAUCAUUGUAGGAUCAUUUAAUUUCUAGACAGGACAACUAUAUCAAGUCAAAUUAUACAGUGGCUUCUGUGAAUAAUCCAUAGUUACACACAAUACAACCUCUUGAACACACAGCAAAGCAACCAGAUGCCCACACUUAAUCUGCCCUCAAAACACGCUUUUUUUUUUGGCUUCCAAUUUUGAUCUUCAACGUGGCCUGCUAGUUUAUUUGGUUUUACCCUAUGAAUCUGUAUAGGUAAGUGAUAAACUUCUCUCAAAAGAACAAACCGAGAGAAACUAGUUAAGAAAAAACAUAAAUGAGGACAGGAGUAAGUCAGCUGUGACUUGAACACAGGGCAAAUGAGGAUGAAUUCUCCAGAGACGGGCAGAAACUAGAGCAAGGCCAACAGCAGUAGACCACUGAUCAGACCUGAAACCUGAGAGCUGCCUGCACAUUUCAAAUUACCUAGCUAGAUCUGGAUUGGCUUGUGGAUCAAGCUGACAUUGGAAUAAGAGAUGUCUUCUUCCAAAUCCUAUCUACCAGCCUCUCCCAACUGGAUGCAUUCCAAAUGUGAUGGGAAUAUAUUGCCCAUACUUUGAACCAGCCCAAAGCCAUACCAACCAGCAAGUCCGUAGCCCUAAUAUUUCCCGAAGGCAUCUGCUUAAGGACUGAUAGUUAUCUGCACCAAGAAGCCAGUGUAUCUUCUGGCAAAGAGUUUGCAAGAAACAUUCCUGAUCUCUCAGGAAAUGAUUAUCAGAACCGGCCAUUUCAUCAGUUCUGAAAACUGUUGCAGAUAACUGUCGCCCCCCCCAGAUGUCGUGCAGAUGUUGCAUACCCAUCAGCCUCGGCCAGUACAGCAAAGAGUUGGCUAAAACAGGAAGGCCACAGCUUUUCCACCCUCUGGUAUUGUAAGGAGUGUACGUCAUCUGUACACGUGGUCUGUUGUUUCAGUGCUCCAUUGAUUUUAAGACUGCACAUUAUUUGCUGGAGUGAGAUGUAAAUUAGGCUACAAUUGUAUAUGCUCUAGUAUUUUUGCACACAGUGGGCUUACUUCUAAGUAAGAGUUUGGUAAGUUAUUAAUGAAUGAAACUUAGCCUUAUCUUUUGAGUUAACUGGUCCCCUGGCCUAUAUUCUUGCUUCAAAAACUGUAUGUACGUGGUAUGUGUGCAUGUAUGCACACUUGCAUUAGCAUGUGUGUUGUUUGAGAAAAGCAAGAACGAGCUUUUGGUAUUUUUGAUUUAUUUGGGAAAAUGUUCCACUUUUUUUUCUCUCUCAACCGUUGUAUUUCUGGCAACCUCAUAGGAGAGCUCUGUUCACAAAGAGUUUAACAAACAAGAUCAAAUUAAAUGUACGUCAUGACAUGAAUUGUGUUCUGUAUGUUUUUCAGCCCAAAUCUUUCUGUUAUUCUUUAACGUUUAAUAAAAACAUUUAAUUUUU